CGUCGGCCACUCCGUCUCCGCCAUGAUCGGCCUCCUCGCCUCCAUCCGCCGCCCCGAGCUCUUCUCCAAGCUCAUCCUCAUCGGCGCCUCCCCCAGAAUCCCGAGAAAGACCGAGAACAACUCUGUUGCUUCUUCAUCUCGGAUGGUGGAUGAUGGUAAUGGUGAUUCCCACAACAGCUUCCACAAUGAGUCAUGUUUCUCCUGGUUUCUGAACGACAAGGACUACCACGGGGGCUACGAACAGAGCGGGAUCGAGGAGGUUUUCACGGCGAUGGAGGCGAAUUACGAGGCGUGGGUGCAGGGAUUCGCGCCGCUGGCGGUGGGGGCGGACGUGCCGGCGGCGGUGAGGGAGUUCACCAGGACGCUGUUCAACAUGAGGCCGGACAUCACGCUGUUCGUGUCGAGACAAGUGGAGGCGAGGAGGCCGAUCAUGGCGGUCGACGCGGUGGGCGUGGAGGAUGUUGAGGAGGUCGUCGACGUAAGGGUCGAGGGUGGUGUAGCGGUGGAAGUCGAA